CCUUUCUCAAUUCCUGGUCUCACUUGAUCUCUUGGACUUGGAUUUCCUAGUUACAGGAUGCAUAUGCUGUGCGACUAGAAAGUGACAGCCCUCUCCACACGCCAAGCAGACCAGCGCGAUGACCAGGUCGACCCGCUCCGGACCCGGAGCUUCGAAUACGCGUCGGCAGGAGUACCAAUCGGUGGACAACCAUACCUCCGAUGAGGAACUACCAUCGUGGGUACUAAAAGAUGAUGGGAACCGCAUUACCAACCGCGGAGUCGGCGGCGCAAUGCACGAAGCCUACCUUGACGACCUCUCCAGCGGCGACGAGUCCUCCACCCAAGACGACGCGAACCUGAAGCUCCUACCACUCGAUAAAGACGCCCAGACACAAAAACGACGGAAACAAGUCCAAUUUACACCAGAGCCCAGCUCCGCGAGUGCUGCGAGCCCUAUACCUGGCGAUGAAUCCGGUGAACCGCGCAAUGUUAGCAAAGCUAUCGAGCACAUGUUGGAUAGUGAGCGGGAUAUACUAUCGGAAACGUUCAAUGAGGAUCUGAACCACAGUACCUCGCGUCUCAUGUUUUCCGACGACGAUAGCGAUGACUAUGGGAUUCCGACACAUAAAGGUGCGGGGGCUACGCGGCACAAGGACCAAAAGCCGAGCUGGAAAUCGGGAAUCACGGGAAUCAAGUCGUUGCUGCACAUUACGGCGUGGUGGCAUGUUUUCCCGUUGGUUGCAGUUGGAUUGCUUGUGAUGUGGCUCGCGAUGAAGGGUCUACCUUGGGUGUUGGGAGGGAAACCCGUCAAGGAAUAUUCACCUGUUUCCUGGUAUCCGACUCCCCUCGGUGGAACCAAUGCCGCGUGGAGAGAAAGUUAUGCCAAGGCGCAUGAUCUCGUGGACCGGAUGGGACUUGUGGAGAAAGUGAAUAUCACAACAGGGACGGGAUGGCAGAUGGGACUUUGCGUUGGGAACACUGGACCCGCUGAGUCUGUUCAAUUCCCCUCUCUGUGUCUGCAGGAUGGCCCACUGGGGCUUCGCUUUGCAGAUAACAUCACCGCGUUCCCCGCUGGAAUUACCACGGGGGCAACCUGGAAUCGUGAGCUUAUGCGGCAACGCGGGUUUGCGCUGGGGAAGGAAGCGCGCGCGAAGGGAGUCAAUGUAAUCCUGGGGCCGGCUAUGGGCCCCUUGGGAAUGCUACCUGCUGGUGGUCGCAACUGGGAAGGUUUCGGAUCUGACCCUGUUCUCCAGGGAGUGGCUGCUGCAGAGACUAUCCGUGGUAUCCAGCGAAAUGGCGUGAUGGCGACAGCCAAACACUUCCUGAUGAAUGAACAAGAACAUUAUCGCCAACCUCAUGAAUGGGGUAAUGAAAAUGCUAUCUCUUCCAAUAUCGAUGACCGUGCACUCCAUGAAGUUUUCGUCUGGCCAUUCGCUGAGAGUGUGCGUGCUGAUGUCGCGAGUGUUAUGUGCUCAUACCAGAAAGUGAACAACAGUUAUGCCUGUGAGAACAGCAAGUUGCUGAAUGGCAUUCUCAAGGAUGAACUAGGCUUCCAAGGAUUUGUGCAAUCCGAUUGGCUUGCUCAGAGAUCUGGUGUGGGAAGUGCGCUGAGUGGUCUUGAUAUGAGUAUGCCUGGUGACGGUGCGCUCUGGGCUGACGGUGACUCUUUCUGGGGCAUGCGCUUGACACAAGCUGCCCUCAACACUUCAGUUCCCAUGGAACGAAUCAACGAUAUGGUCACUCGUAUCGUUGCGGCUUGGUACCAUUUCCGCCAGGACUCAUGGGACCUGCCCCCACCUUUGGGAAAGGGCGGGCCAAACUUUUCUUCAUGGACCAACGAGAGAAUGGGAGGGUUACACCCUGGCAGUGGAGACGAUGAAACACACGAGGUGGUCAAUCAAUUUGUGAACGCGCAAGCCACAGGGACCAAGGCACUCCCACACUCCCUCAUUGCCCGAAGAGUUGCUGCGGAGGGGACCAUUCUCUUGAAGAAUGUUAACAACACCCUCCCACUCUCACGUGCUGCGACCGGCCCGAAAGGAGCCUAUCGAGUUGGCAUCUAUGGCGAGGAUGCUGGUCCUGGCGACGGUCCGAAUGUUUGCGCCGAUCGUGGCUGCAACCAAGGCACCCUGGGAUCUGGCUGGGGAAGCGGUGCAGUCGAGUUUCCGUAUCUAAUCAGCCCCUGGGAAGCUCUGCGACUUGCGUGGCACUCGGAGACUAGUGAUGUGCGAGGAUUCUUGGGGAACGAUGUUGCCUUGAAGAACCUAGUAGACCAGGACCUCUGUCUCGUCUUCGUGAACUCUGACGGAGGCGAGGGUUUCAUUCACGAUGAUGAUAUCUGGGGAGACCGUAACGAUCUCGAGCUCCAGCACAGCGGUGCUAAGCUUAUCGAACGUGUAGCCACGCAUUGUGGUGGUGGUCAAGGCAAGACCGUGGUGGUGGUACAUUCUAUCGGCCCUGUCGUCAUGGAAUCAUGGAUCGAUCUGCCGGGAGUCCAUGCAGUUCUCUACGCAAACCUCCCUGGACAAGAGAGUGGCAACGCCCUGGCUGAUGUCCUCUUCGGUGACGUUGAUGCUAGCGGCCGGUUGCCCUAUACAAUUGGCCGAUCGCUCGAAGACUAUGGUCCCGGUGCUCGAGUACUUUAUGAGACGAGGGACCGGCAACCAGAAAUGACCUUUGAUAAUGGCCUUUACAUUGAUUAUCGGUAUUUCGACAAGAACAACAUCAACCCGCGCUUCGAGUUUGGGUUUGGCUUGUCAUACACCUCCUUCAACAUUUCUUCACUCGAAAUUCAGCCUCUGCAGGAAAAGUCUCGCCUUCCGGCCGAACGUCCAAAGAACGAGAUUGAUCCCCCACAGUACGAUACCAAGCCGCCAACCGAGUCAUCGACGAGAUUCCCAUCUAGCAUCAACGCACUGUCAAAGUACAUAUAUCCUUACACUCGGGACCGAGCUGGGACUAAACCCGGUUCCUACCCAUAUCCAGAAGGGUACAAGCAGCGCCAACACCCCUCCGACGCAGGCGGCGGACCGGGUGGCAACCCUUCUCUUUACGAUGAGAUGCUGUCAGUCUCCGUGCAGGUCAGCAACACCGGCUCGCGACCCGGCAAAGAGGUCGUGCAGAUCUACCUGUCCUUCCCAGAACGCGUCGCCGAACACCGCGGGUUGGGCCAGUCCCGCGAGAACAUCGAGUUCCCCGAUCGCGUUCUUCGAAACUUUACCAAGGUUUCUCUUGAACCCGGUGAGAGUACCACUGUUCAAAUGACACUGUCCCGAAAGGAUUUGAGUUAUUGGAGCGUGCGCGCCCAGAAUUGGGUGAUGCCGGUUGAAGGCACAUUUCGCAUUUGGGCUGGACGCAGCUCUCGGGAUUUGCCGCUGGUCGCUGAGUUUUGA